AUGAUUGAAGUUGUUGAAGUAAAUGAGAAAUUCUUUAGUGAGAUUCCUACUUUAACUACAUUGUCGCUGAAUUCUUCUCCUGCUAUUGCCGAGACAUUAUUUCAGGAAAAUAAAACAUUAGCUGGUGAACAACUAUUUACAACACUAGUCAACAUUGACCGGUCAUCCAUUAUAGCCACGCGCUAUCUUCAAUUGAAUAUCAAUACACUGCGGACGUCCAACAAAGGAACUAAUCCA